ACAUCAUAUCACAUAAACAAUUACCGAUUUUUGAACAUCGUUAUAAGAUUUCUCGUUUAGAAUGAUUAUUUUAUCCAAGGCUGUCUCUCGCAUAUUUAAUAAGAUUGGAUUCUUUAGUAUUUUCUAUUUUAAAAUAAAGCAUAAAAAGUCGUUUCUCAAGAAGAUCACGUUUAAUGAAUGUUAACAAACUGUUCAGACUAAACACGUUGUCAUAAUGUAUAAAUAGAUACUGUUGCGUACGAUCUACACUUGCGAUACGUCGUGCACAACAUACAUAAUACACACAUUCACAAGCGGAUGCAAACACGCGCAUUCGGACGGCACGGUAGAUGGUCAAGUGCAUGGACACAAAAAAAGAAGAGAAAGUCUCGGACAUCGCGGUGUCGAUGUUGCAAUCGUCAAAAACAAAUUAUAAACAACUUAUUAAAAAAAUAUUGGUGUCUCCUCUUGAGCUCGUUACAACCGUCCGUCUCGAUGUCUCGGCAAUAAUUUUGCGACGCUUGGGAUUUGGCGAUCCACGUUGUCCAAUAGAGGCAAAGAUUUUGGAAUGGAGACCAAUCUAGACAGAACUCGGAAAACCCGAGAAUAUAAAUAAGGUUGGCGGAAGAUUUCCUUCACUCAUUCCGUCCGAAACCAUGAUAGUGUCCGAGUCUUCUCAAUAUACAUCGCUACUCAGGGUGACUACACCCCUAGGUUAGAUCGAUCCCGGUUACCGAGUACCAGUGUCGUUCAAGUGAAAAUCAUAAUCAUUUAUAAUCAUAUAGUAACAAUUCGAAAGUGAUAAAAUAAACUGUUAAUGACGCGAAACCACAGAGUGGAUCUUAAUCCAUCCUCAUAACAGAGACACAUACAAGGGAAAUGUGUAUUCGACUGAAUACACAGAUAACUCGCUGCAACGUAACGUCACUUCAGGAAGACAAGAAAAUUGAUAAAUAAAGAGAGAACUGAGUGAGGAUCACAAUUUUUCAAACAAAUAGCAACUAUUUCUGCCCGGAGUAGUAAACGAAAGAAGAAUCGAAACACACAAAAAUAAAAUUAAGUGCAGGAAGGCAUUAUUAUUGUUGUGCAUAAAACUUACAAAUAGCUGUGAAAUGGCGGUUUAAAACUUAAGCAAUUAAAGAAAUGGUUUAAAUACGACUUACAAUAAUAAUUCAUCAGGAAAGUCUGAAGAAGUCCUUUUUGAAGAAGAGUGAAAAACGCUGCAUGUAUUAUUUGUAGACAAGUGAAUUAUAUUUUUAUUAAAAUAAAGUGUACGUAGAAAAAAACAGGUUUAAAGUACAAAGAGCAGCAGCUUUGAAAUGUAACUGCAAAUUAAUCAAAAUAAUAAUCUGGAAGUAUCUAACUAAGAACGUGACGUUGACUUCAAAAAAGCGAUAAUAAUACAGAGAUAUAUACUUUGUAUUAAAUUAACGAAUAAUUACAGAUUUACACAACUAUGUCUAUGAUAAGGUUUGCUUUGCUCGGCCUGGUAUCAUUCUUAAUAAAAGCAUCAUCCGAGUGGCAACUGACGAAAUGUUGCCCACCGGAACAGAUCUAUGUAAACAAUUUCACCAACUGUGAAUCAUUACCGUUAUUCGCGAUAGACGUUUAUUCUCACUAUUGGAACAUUACCCGAGAAUUCCAAAGAAUUCCUCAGUGCAACGAACCUGAGGAUCUUGUGACAACGGUACUCGACGAUUUCGAAUCUGACACUGUCUUAGAGGAGCCAGCUUGCCUUGAAUAUUUUUGCAAGUCAGGGGAAGUGAAACCCAUAAUAAUAAUUCGUUACUGUCGAUCAAACAAGGACCAACACGUGAAAGCAAAUGAUACAUCCUUUCCGCAACUCUUACACACCAGAAAAUGUUGCUUUGGCGAUACAAUAUUCGACAGCGGCACAAAGACAUGUGUGACCCGAUUAAACGAAUCACAGAGUCUUGGAGCAUUUUUGUUCAAUAGAUCAACUGACGCAAAAAGUUCAGUGAUACUCACUCAAGGUCCACCUGAGUGUAAAGGGCCGAUCGUUAAUUAUGAAAUUAAUGAAAACGAUAUCUUCCUACGGAACAAUACAUUUGCGGUCAUGAUACCAACGCUGGAAAAUAAUGUCAAAGAGGAACCAGUUACUGAGGACAACGCUUGUCUCGAGAUGACGCCAGAGUUUGCAGUUAACAGAAAAUUGAUAGUCCGUAUCUGCAGAGAUCCGGAAUUCUGUGACACGAACGCUUGUAUCAGAAAGUGCUGUCCCGAAGAUAGAUAUCUUUAUAAAGAUAGUUGCAUUAAUUUUAAACCCAAUGAAGUGGGAGAAUUUUACAAUGCUCUUGUGAACGCCGUGGAUCAGACGAAUUCGUUCACUUUCGACACGACCAAAGAUUACGGAGUUUUGAUUCAGCAGCCAUGUGACCAAAUGUAUCCUUACGAUCCAAACGAAUGGGAAAAACAAGUGUUACUGACAUCAAAUGGACAUGUUUUUAUCCGAAAUUAUGAUACGAACGACAUGCACUGCUUCGACGUUAGACAUAAGUAUUUCGACAACUCUACUAACUUUGGUUUGUUUGUCUGUGGCAAAUACCUGACGUCUGAGACUUAUAAGAGCGCUGACUGGUGGUUCGCUAUAUUGGUCGUUAAAUGUAUAUUUCUGUUGAUGACAUUGCUAGUAUACGCGUACUUACCGAAUCUGCAAAAUAUUCAUGGAAAAACGAUUAUAUGUUAUGUGAGCAGUAUCUUGCUGACUACCAUAUGCGCAUUCAUCAUCAACUGGUACAACAAAGUCACAUUUGAACGAAAAAGAACAUUGUGCAAAGCUAUAGCUUACAUCGGGUUUUUUUCUUUUCAUACGCAAUUUUUCUGGCUUAACGUCUUGUGCUUCGAUAUAUGGCGGACCUUCGUAAUUGUACGUGAGAAUAAGAAUGUAAAGGACCGCAAAAAUAGGAAACGAUUGCUGUUGUACUGUUUAUAUGGGUGCGGCAUCCCUUCGCUUCUGUUAAUCCUCAUUAUCGUCGUCGAUAACACUAAAUUACUUCCAGAAUAUUUGGCACCCGAUAUUGGCAACAUCUUUUGUACUAUUACAUAUACAGCCACUUGGGAUAACUAUGAAGAUUUAAUCUUUCUUUAUGGACCGGAGACAAUUGUGACAAUAUCCAACGUGGUGUUUUUCAUUCUCACGUUGAAAUAUUACAAUAAGGUAAAAGCGGAUAUAAAAGAUUUAAAUACCGAUCCCAGAAGCAAUCAACUUGAUUCCAUUAAGGACAGAUGCGAGAUGGUGCGAUUUAGAAGCCGAUGCGGUAUCGGCAACCUUACUCUACACUGUACAGACUAUUGCUUCAGGAAAUGAACAAGGCUUUGUUAAUACAAUAAAAUAACGGUCUAAAGAUCUACUGUAACGACAUGAGAUAAUAUGACAUCGGUUGUCAAAUUAACUGCGAUUGAUAAAGAUUCGGUGAAUAAAAACCUGUUCAGCUCUUGUAACGUAAAUAAAAAUAAGAAUAAAGGGAAUAUUUAAUUUAUAACCAUAUAUAACUUGCUCGUCUUAGGCGCUGCUUCUCUUUACUAUUACUUUGCAUAAACGAGCAUAAAUAUUACUAAUUUUAUAUUCAUUGUAACAUUAAUAUUAUGUUACUGUCAGUUGAUGUUUGCUGGGUACAUACCUAUCGCUAUUAAUUUCCAAUAAAUGAGAAACGCUUUAUACACAAUUAUUUUGGUAUUAUAACAAAUGUCCAAAGAAUCCGAAAUACAUUGUAAUAAUAGAACAAUAUUUAUUUAAUUUUAUAGCUGUUUUAUCUGUAUUUAUGAGUGAUAUCUUUACAUAUUAUUUUGUUUAUUUCCAAUUUUAUUUUUUAGAUGGAUUGUUUUCAUAUUAUUUUUUAAUCGUUUGUAUUUGUAUUAUUUUUCAAUAGAUUUUUCAUGAUCGUCAAACUGUUCAUCGUUAUGGGAAUGCAAUGGAUAUUCGAGACAGUAGACUACUUCCUCAACAAAUAUUUAGGUUCCAAUCAUCACGUGAAGGUGUUUUAUUACAUCAGUUUAGGCUUAGAUUGUCUU